CCAGCAUCAGACCUGCUAGGCAUAACCGGGCCAGGGUGGUGGCAGCUGAGGCCAGGAGGAGAGCACCAUGAGCGGACAAGUUGGAGACCUGAGCCCGCAGCAUCAGGAGACACUGGCCAGGUUCCGGGAGAACCUCCAGGACCUGCUGCCCACCCUGCCCAAAACUGAUGACUACUUCCUUCUGCGCUGGCUCCGAGCUCGGGACUUUGACCUUAAGAAGUCUGAGGACAUGCUCCGGAAGCAUGUGGAGUUCCGGAACCAGCAGGACCUGGACCACAUCCUCAAUUGGCAGCCACCAGAGGUGAUCCAACUCUAUGACUCAGGUGGUCUGUGUGGCUAUGACUAUGAAGGCUGCCCUGUGUGGUUUGACAUCAUCGGGACAAUGGACCCCAGGGGGCUCCUGAUGUCUGCUUCCAAGCAGGACAUGAUCCGCAAGCGCAUCAAAGUCUGCGAGCUGCUUCAGCGUGAGUGUGAGCUGCAGAGUCAGAAGUUAGGCAGGAAGAUCGAGAGGAUGGUGAUGGUGUUUGAUGUGGAAGGGCUGAGCCUGAGGCACCUGUGGAAGCCAGCUGUGGAGGUCUACCAGCAGUUUUUUGCCAUCUUGGAAGCAAAUUAUCCUGAGACAGUGAAACAUUUAAUUGUGAUUCGAGCUCCCAAGCUUUUCCCAGUGGCCUUCAACCUGGUCAAGUCAUUCAUGGGGGAGGUGACACAAAAGAAGAUAGUGAUUCUGGGAGAUAACUGGAAACAGGAGCUACUCCGGUUCAUGAGCCCUGACCAAGUGCCUGUGGAAUUUGGGGGGACCAUGACUGAUCCUGAUGGUAACCCUAAGUGCCUGACCAAGAUCAACUAUGGCGGCGAUGUGCCCAAGCACUAUUACCUGUGCAGGCAAGAGAGGCUACAAUAUGAGCACACUGUGGUUGUGGGCCGAGGCUCCUCCCACCAGGUGGAGCAUGAGAUCCUGUUCCCAGGCUGUGUGCUCAGGUGGCAGUUUGCAUCAGAUGGUGGAGACAUUGGCUUUGGAGUCUUCCUCAAGACCAGGAUGGGGGAGCGUCAGAAGGCUGGGGAGAUGGCAGAGGUGCUGGCCAGCCAGCGCUACAAUGCCCACAUGGUGCCUGAGGACGGGAGCCUCACCUGCCCCAAGGCCGGAGUCUAUGUCCUGCGUUUCGACAACACCUACAGCCUCCUGCAUACCAAGAAAGUUGGCUACACUGCAGAGGUGCUGCUCCCAGACAAGGCCUGUGAGGAGAAGUUGCAGGGCCUCAGGGCAAAGAAACCCCCUCAGGACAGUGAAGACUCUGGCCGCCUCUGACCCUGCUCCAUCCAACUCCUUUGCACACCCCUGCUCCUCCCACCUUAAGGCAGGGUGGUGCUGAAAGUCUUCGGAGCUCUCCAAGCCCCAUUUCUAUCUGAGCCUCCCACGGGACCACUUAGACACAGACCAGCACUUCCAUUCCCUAGAGAGCAAGGCUGAGCGUGACACCACACAUCCACUGGGAAAGGACCCUGCCCUUGUUCUUGUCCUCUUGACGACACAUACCCAGGAUUCAGCCAUGCCUGGUAUCCCAGCUGGGAUCCAGUACACGAGACAUAUGCCCUGUCCCCCACAGAAAGCACAGCUGCAGGGCUGGUUUCUCUCCAACUGGAGGUCAGCAAGGACGGAAGGGCCAGCUGGAGGCAGCUGGGUAGCCUGUGAAGGAGGGGUGAGGCCCCAGCUCCAGCAAAGGCCUCUCUAGAUUCUGCUGCCUUAGAAGGAAUAGCAGAAGUGGAGAGACGGUAUGAGGGGAACCAUCAGAGGAAAAGCCACACUCAGCUUUACAGGGUUGAGCAGGGUGCUGAGUCCAGUGAAGAGAUGCGUACAUGCACGCAUGUGCACAUUCACAUCCAUGCCCCCUCUCCCCCAUGCUCCCUCCCCUACGCCCCCUCCCACACCCUGCUAGGAUCCUGCUGAUACUCAACUUCAACUGUUUCUGAUUUCUUAAAGCAGUUGCCCCUGCCAAGCCACCUUCAAAUUCACCAUGUAGGCUGGGCUGGCCGUGCAUUAGUCUGCUUUCUUCAGUGUCCUGAAUCCUGGGAUUGCAGAUGUGCAGAGUGCUGGGAUGUGCAUCACUAUGCCCGGCUGCUUUUAGUUCUGGCCUGGGUGGAGUUGGAAACCAAAGCUAAGCUGCAGGGAGAUUCUGGUAGUGGAGUGCAGGGUGAAUGGUUCUGGGGGUUCAUCCUGGCUUCCAACAUGCUUCUUGGAUAACCUUCCAGCCUUCCACACAUCUGCAUGUCCCUAAGGAGAGAGUUGAAAGACAGCUGCCAACAUCCCUUUCCCAUGUGACCCAGGAGCUGUCCAGUGACAGCUUCUGCAUAUAAUAUCUCAAAGGCUGGCCCUCCUGGCCUCCACAGGUAGUCAGCCAGCCCACCAUUGCUCCAUUGGGUGACUGAACCUAGGAGCAGAUGCUGCCAAGCUUGACUCAGUGUGCCACUUUGCACAGGCUCGGAGGAGCCAUUGCCCGGAGCCUAGGAGUCAGGGCUGUACAGAACUGCUUCCUCCUGGGCCUCUGGUUGGGACAGAAGACCUGUGUCCCAUGCAGGGUGGCUCAGAUACUGUUUCAAGAUGACUGAUGUGGCCUUGUUUGUCCUUCCGUGCUGCUGAGCCAAAUGUCCCUAGAAGUGAAUGAUGAAUAGUUCCUAGAAAGGGGGUCCUUGUUUCAAAGUGCAAUCAUCCUAGAAACCUUAGCAGAUGCAUCCAUCUAGACACAGUCUAAACAAGAAGCCAGGCCCCACCAUCUAGGCACCUUUCAAGCAAGAAGCCAGGCCCUGGCCCCUCUCCUGCUUUCAAAUGCCAUCGUUUGGUUUUCUCUGCUUGCUAGAUAUCUUCAUUAUCAAAGACAUUUUAGUAGAGAAGAACAAUAAGCCUUAAAGAUGAGAGGACUCUUCAGGGUAGCCCCUAGCCACUGUACCUGUAUCAUUUACAGUCAAGGUUUAGAGUCUGCAGAGGGGGAUAAAUGCCAAGAGGCAGUGCCAUAAGAAAUUCCUGCUAAGAUCAGUUGAACAGAUUGACAAGAAGGGGGAAAAAUUCUAUGGUUUUCCUGGAUCCAAAGAGAGCCUGGAACUCUCGGGCAAGAGUCACAAGGCUUUUCCAAGUCCAGGGCUGCUCCUGUCUCCCCGGGGCACUCCAGCUCUCUUGGGGUCAUUUCCCCACAUCGUUUGGCAGACUGAAGUGGUUGUCACUAACUGUGGUUAGGACUAUCUUGAGUUCAUUCAUUUCACUUCAUGUCAUGGCGAGUACUCAGAGAGACUCAAUGUGGCCUUAAAAAAAAAGGGAUGCUGGACUUGAACCCUGACCCUUGCCCUUCUUACCACCCACGGUCAGUUUUCCCCUUCAGUACAGCCUCACUAGUGUUUCCUUGCUAGUAAUGGAGAUAGACCUGCCUCGAUCACAAAGACAGCUGAUGCUCCCAUUGGAGGACAGGCGUCCACCAUUGCUGGGAACAGGGGUGGGCAGCCGGCGCCAGUGGCUCUGGAUCCCAGAGCUGGCACAACGGGCCUCAUGGUUAAGCAAUGACCACAGAGGUCACCUGAGGAAGUAAUGUAGAACCUGCCUGGCAAGUGGACAGGACAUUGAGAGCUCAGGAAGUCAUGUGUCCCCAGCAAACCCUCACUCUUGCAGGCAGAUCCAGCUCUCUGAAAUUGCAACAUGACCCUGUCAUUUACAAAGUUCAUAAUUGAGAACCAUGCCAAUCGAGUUACAAAACAACCCAAAAAACCCCACAGAAAACACCCACAUGUCAUUUCAUACAAUUUUAGGGGUUCUGUUUUUGGCCAGGUUCAUAGAGACCCUGGACUUUGUGUAGCCUAUAGUGCCAGGUUGGAUACCCCUUAUAGAGUGUCAGUUUGGUGUGUGUGUGUGUGUGUGUUUCUGGAGCCAGAAGUCAUGUCCUUGCACAUGCUAGAGAAACACUCUGCUUGUGAGCUGCAUCCCCAGCC